UUUGACUGAACGAGGAAGUACAGUUUUUUGUAAGCUGAGGUUUCGCUGAGAGGACUUCGCAGCGGCAACAGACUGAAAAUUAUCUGUCUGGAAUCACUAUGGCAGCUGCAGAUAUCUCUUACGGUGAGCUGAAAGCCCUGAUAGAUAAGGCCGAAGGACUCCUCCUGGUUGACGUUCGUUCCAAAGAGGAGGUUGACCGUGGACACAUACAAGGAUCCAUCCAUAUACCAUUGGACCAGGUAGAGAGCAGCAUGUCUCUGGACGCCUCAGCAUUCCAGGAGAAGUUUGGCGUUCCUAAACCCCUUCUUGACUCUCCGGACCUUGUCUUCCACUGUCAGUUGGGCCGACGUGGAGCAGUAGCAACAGAGAAGGCCAGAGGCCUUGGCUUCCAAAAGGCCCGUAACUACACUGGAGGGUACAAGGAAUGGUCUGAAAAGGAAGGAAAAUAAAUAAGCUGGAAUUUCGGUUCCCACUUCAGGAUAUAAUAUAAAAAAUGUGCCUCUGUGUCCCUGCAUCUUAGCAUAAACUGGCUCUCACAGUUACAGCUCAUAUAUGUCUGCAAUAAAGCUUCAUUGUGGUGAAA